AGUUCCUUCUUGUUGUAAGUCGUAUAUACUGUCAUGUACAAAAGUUAAGUCCUAUUCAUAAUUCGGUUCUCUGAAUCAUUAGUAAAAUAUUCUUCCUACAUUACCCUUCCAUUGGCUCCAAAACCAUUCACCACCCGUGGGAACAUUGAGGGUAAUAUGGUAAAAGAUAGAGUUACGGUUAGCCGGCAGAAAGUAGGAGUUCCACAUGGCAGCUGAGGAUGUAAUGUUUUCUGUUGAUAAAAGAAUCCUCGGUCUCAAUUUAUGUAAUGGACUGAAACUGAAACGUAGAUUGGGAGAAAGAGUAGUAGUAGUAUUUAAUCCAUUUGAAUGAGAAAAUGUUCUUUCACUGAAGCAACUGGAUUAAUUUCUUCCAUCAUUUCUUUCAUUUUUAUUUUUGUUCAUUGCUAGUUUGACGUAGCAUUUUCGAUGGCAAUGAGCUUCUGAUUUGAUAUCGUAGCCUUCUAGAAAAAUCAAAAUGUUUGACGCAUUGUUAAAAAGCAAGUUUUAUACUAAAUGCAAGUCUACAAUCAAGGUGACAAAGACUCGAAUCGAGAUGAUCAGAAAAAAGAGAGAUGCUAUGCUCAAAUAUUUGAAGAAUGAUAUGGCUGACCUUCUUAAAUCUGGAGUGGAUGUCAACGCCUACGGCAGGGCUGAUGGCCUUCUCAUUGAGCUCAAUAUCUCAAGCUGCUACGAUUUCUUGGAACAAUACUGUCUGCAUAUCUUGAGUCACCUCGUCACCAUGAGUAAACAGAGGGAGUGCCCAGAGGAAUGCAGAGAAGCUGUGUCGACUUUGAUGUUUUCAGCAGCAAGACUUUCCGAUCUGCCAGAAUUACGUGAACUGAGAGCUAUAUUUACUGAGAGAUAUGGAAAUUCCCUUGAAUGUUUUGUGAAUCAAGAGUUUGUUAGAAAGCUAAAGUCUCAACCGCCUACAAAGGAUAUGAAGCUUCAGUUGAUGCGAGAUAUAGCAGUAGAAUCUGGUUCUAGAUGGAAUUCAAAGGCUUUGGAACAUAAGCUAUCUAAACCACUGAUAGCUGUACGAGACUUGCCGAAGAGUCAUAAUGAUGAAGAGCACAAAUUGCACAAAAAAAUGGAUGAAUCAGCUCGGAGAAAAGAACAUCAAAAAGUAAAGCUUAAUCAUGAGAAUGCAAGGACACAUACGGCUUCUAAAGCGAAAAGGGAUCAUCAUUCAUCUCAUGGGAGAAAAGAAGUCCCUGGUGAUGUACAUAGCUUGGCUAAGGGAAAGGAGAGUGACAAACAGAAAAGAGAUGAUAUAAGUCGCGCAUCCAACAGACGUUUAGAUGACAUACGUCCAGUAAAAGAUAUUAAAGUGGAUAUUACUGGAAACAAUGGGCAACAAAAUGAGCCUGAUAUCAUUAAAAGUGUUUCUGAAGAAAAAUCUGAUGACAAGACGCCAUUCUAUUAUAGGCCAAUUCAGCCUCGUUACAACAAGUCAAGAGCAUGCAUUUCAAAAAUAAGUUCAGAUGCAUCUCCUACCGGUUCCACAGGGGAGACACACGGACAUACAGAAAUGAAUCAGAAGGGAGUAAAGAUAGUCAAAGAAGAAGAUAGUUGUGUCAAUGAUACAAUCCAAAAGCCAAAACCGAAAUCAGUUAGGACACGAUUGCAACCAAUGCGAGAUUGUGAGGAGGAAUCGGAUAGAAGAUUGAGACAUCGAAAACAUGGGAUAAAAAUUGCAAGUGGUGAUCAUCUUGAUAAACGCGAUGAAGAGGAAAAGAUGAUGGAUAGGCUUUUACUGCACUAUACUAGGAGACAGGCUCAAAUUGAAGUUAAGACACCAAAAUCAGUUGUUAAAUUAGCUGAAGUUGAGAGCAGUGAAGUGUCAAGGAAGAGAUCGAUUCGUGUUGAACUGAAACAAGCAAGUCCUCCAGUGAUACUUAGAGAAGGACACACUGAAGCAAAUUCGUUUGAACGUCAUGAUAUGUUGAGUCCAAAUGGGCAUAUUCAUCCCAAACUGCCAGAUUACGAUGACUUUGUCACUCGACUAGCAGCUCUCAAAGGGAAAUAACUAAAAGAAUAACUUUGUAUUAAUUAGAUGGAAUUAAACAUUGUACCAUUCUUCAUAUUAUUAGUUGCUUUCCCAUCA